AUGGCGAAGCUAAGAUCGUUCUUUCCCUGGUUUCUCGCCUGGCUCCUCGUCGUUUUCACUGCCCAAAUGGUAGACGCAGACGAUAUUUGGACUGCCCUCAAUUACUCAGUCAACGGCCGUCUCUACCGCGCGGAGCCAUUCUCCAAACCGUGCUUCACCAUCUACAACGGCAACCUGGUAUCCAGCGACGAAGCAGCAUGCUCUCUUGUCGGAGCCGACUACACCAAUAACACGGUCCACGUCAACGAGCCAGUAGGCUACAUGUACCUCCAGAGCGAGGUGUGUCUCUCCGACCCGUCGGAUCAAUGCCUGUUGGAUCCUGCCACCACUUCAACGGGCGUGCCUUCCAGCUAUGCGUCGUGCAACCAGGGCAGCGUACCAGACUACUACAUCGAGGUGCAAUCGGAGUUAGACGUUGCAGCUGGGCUCGAGUUCGCCAAGGCAAAUAGCAUGCCACUUUCCAUCAAGAACAGCGGUCACGACUUCAUGACAAGAAACAGCCAGAAAGGCUCCCUGGCCCUGUGGCUGCACAAGCUGAAAGGCAUGACAUACCACGAUGACUUCCAGCCCGAGGGCAGCAACGAGUCGGUUGGACGCGCUAUGACGGUCGCUGCGGGCGAGUUAACAGGCGAUGUGUUUGAGUUUGCGUCCGAUCACGGCAGCAUGAUUCUCAGUGGUUACUCGCCUACCAUCGCGCUCUCUGGUGGCUACAUCCAGGGGGGCGGCCAUGGCGUACUUGCCCCUGUUUUGGGAUUGGCUGCUGAUCGGGUGGUUGAGUUCAAGAUCGUCACACCGGACGGGGUCAUCAGGACGGCAAACAGUCAUCAGAAUACGGACUUGUUCAAGGCUCUACGCGGUGGCGGCGGUGGGACAUUUGGCGUCGUACUGGAGGCCACGCAUCGAGUCGAGCCGGUGGCGCCAAUUGCGGUUGCGGCCAUACAACUGCCGAGUGACAUUACGGUCGAUACUUCGAAGGACUGGAUCGAACUACAAGCUCGUGAAUCACUCAGAUGGGGAAAGGAUGGUUGGGGUGGACAUGUGGCUGGCACCUAUCUUACAUACAUGAACCCGCUGCCGAGCAUUGCCAAUCUCAGCGACCGCGGCGCCGCGGCGCGAGAGUCGAUGCGCAAUGCUACUCAGUUCGCACAAUCAGUUGGCGGCACCAGCGUUGUAGAGGUCUUACCCGACUGGCUGGACGUCUGGAACAAGUACGGUGCAUCGGUUACGUCCAACUCAGCAGGCCGGAUCAGACUCGUCACCAGCCGACUACUGCCACAGCAUUUGUUUGCCAGCGAAGAAGGCAUCACCAAGGUCAUGGAAUACGUUGAUGAGGUGUAUGACCUCGGCUUCGAUCCAAGAGAACUGUACGUGCCCGUCAACGCACCUUUCGUCGCCAACGACGCGAUGGAACGGAUGCCAAAAGGCCAACCCGGAACAUCUGUCCAUCCUGCUUGGUACAAUGCGCUCUGGGAGAUUUCGGCCAGCGUCAACGUACCGUGGAACGCCACGUUUGACGACCGAGUGCGGAAUCUGACGGCGCUGGCGAAGUGGACUAAAUUGCAGGAGGAUCUGGCGGGUCCAGGAAGUGGCACGUAUAUGAAUGAAGCAAAUCCGUUCACUCAGAACUGGAAGGACUCAUGGUGGGGAAGCCAUUAUGAGGAGCUGCUGGAGACGAAGAAGAAAUACGACCCCGAUGGCUUGCUGAAGUGUUGGAAGUGUGUUGGGUUCGAGGACGCGGACGUGGAGAGCGAUCGGUUCAAGUGCAUGGGCAAGUUGCAACAAGCCGUUGACGGAAACAAUGCAUAG